AAUAGGGGCAUAAAGAAGAAAAAGAGGCCAACCAGAUUUUAUCUAAAGCACCUGCCAGGUAGACGUUACUGUGCCCAAAUUGUGAGCGCACAAUUCCAGCCUUCCUAACCUAUCGGGGUGUAAGAGUGCCACCUAUGAAGUCAGCAGUGCCCAACCCCCACCCUAAACACAUGUUCACCAUCCUCUGGGCACAGGCUGAACACAGCACUGAGACACAGCUGAGAAUUAGAGAGAGAGAGGGGGAGAGCAGUGAAGUGGAAAUAUGUGUGAGCAUCAGAGAAAGACAGAAAUAGAGCGAUAAAGCAGUGAAUUAGGCAGAGGGAGGAGGAGCAGAAAUAGAGACAGCUUUUUACUGAGACGCUGAUGCUUUGUACAGACAGGGUUAUUUUCUUGUAGCAGAAAGCCGCCGCUGUCGUGUACAGAUGUGAGAACCUUAUGGAUUUGCUUCCUUUUGAAUCUCAGUGGGAUUCAUCACAUCUGGAUGCAAAACAGCUGCAGACGGAGGAUACGACUGUAGCUGGAUGCUAGGAUCCAUGUGGGCCGGUGACGCCUGCACUCUCCUCCGUGGCUACUUUCUUCCCCAUAAGGAUGGCUCCAGGCGCACUGACCCAGAUUGUGGAGUCGUGGCUCUUCGCAGUGGGCUGCUUCUCAGUUGGUCUAUGAAUGUGGUGCAGAUGAGGCAUGUUCUGCACCUCGGUGAAGACAACCCAGCCUGCUGCCUCUGCUGACAUCUGUUUCCGUGGAAACACACAACAACUGGCAGGCUACGCCACCCAGACAAAGCCAUAAUAAUAAUAAUAAUCCCCAGCUGGAGAACAAACAACAUCUGGGUGUGGAGAGAGGGAGAGGGAGCAAAGUCUCAGCAGGGCGGGCGGCAGAUGGUGUCACUGCAGCAGCACUUCUCCAGCAUGGAGGAGACAGUGCACACGCUACUACAGAACCAAGACUCACCGGAGGCCCCCAAGGUGGAUCCACUGGACCUUAUGAAAGCAUACAAGGACAAACUCCUGGAGGAAAUGUGGAAGCAGCAGGACAGCCCGGAGGGCUCCACAGCAGCAGAGACGCCUGCUUCGCCCGAGGCCCGCGGCAGAUUGGGGGAAGAUUCAAAGGACACCAAUCCCCUGCUAGAGCGACUCAGAGCCCUGGAGGCAGAGAACUCUGCUCUGUCGAUGGAAAACGACAAUCAGAGGAAGCAGUAUGAACACUGUCUGGAUGAGGUGGCUAACCAGGUGGUCCAGGCCCUCCUCACACAGAAGGACCUGAAAGAGGAAUGUGUGAAGCUACGGACUCGUGUGUUUGACUUGGAGCAGCAAAAUCGCAUACUGAGUGCACUGUUUCAACAACGUGUCAAAAUGUCCACACUUCCUGUCUCCCAGGAUGUCCAAAGGAAUGGAAAAGCCGGUAUACCUGCAGGAAGGUGGCCCAGCCUACUGAGCCUAACAUGCCCACGCAGCAGCGGUAGUGGCAGUGGCAGUGAACUCUCUCUUUCCAGUGCAGGUAGUGAGUACUCCAGUGGCUCCCACACUUGGGCAGAAGGACGUGGCUUUUCUAAGCAGUGUGCCACAAGUCGGGAUAAAAGGAUGAGUACAGGUUUGGUAUCCACCAAUCAUUCCGCACUUGUCGAGCAGACAGACCUGGGAUGGAAGGAAGGCCAUAUUCUGAAAGGCCUAAAGCGUCUCCAAACGUACAGCUCCAAAGAGGCAUCCUCACUUACAUCUGUACCACACUGCAAAGACUGUAUGACCUCAAAUGAGGGCAUAUACUCACUUGGCGUCAAAUGUGGCCUACCAGCCAUUAAAGCCAAGCAAUUGGCUCCUACAAUUAAACCUUUCAAGGCUGAAACGGGGAUUGCUGCCCUAGACCCUGAUGAUGCAGAUGAUGAUUCACCUAAACAAAGUGAAGAAUCCAAUGACCAACCAACAAAAAAGCUUUUUUGCUUGAAGAAACUGGAUGUCACUCUGGAUGAUGAUGGUGAUUUUCAAGAAGACCCUGUGAAACUUGCAGGGAGUUAUGGUCUAUUCCCCUCACCUGUGACAGAUAACCUCUUAAAUUUGGAGGACCCAACAGUGAAACCUGGUGUAAGCCCAACAGAGAGCCUUGCAUGUCAAGAGGAAAAGAACAAGCAAUCACUAGAAAAACACAACACAUCAGAAAUUAAGUUCCAUGACAGAAAAAAUAACCAAGAAAAGUCAGCUGACCGUAAAUCCAGACUUGAUCAUGUUAAAAGACAACAGGGUAGGCUGGUGAUCAAGGAAGUAGAAGCAGGGACAAGUGAUGUCAGCUCAUCUAUUCCACAAACUGUAACAAUAGCUCUUAGCUGUAUGAAUGAAGCCAGACAGCGCAGCUCUUCAGUGGAGGUUGCUCAUUGCAGAGACUGGGCAAGUCAAGCUACUGGUGAAAGCCAGGACUACAGCAUGUCCGAAUCGCUGCAGAGAAAAGCUAAACCUCAGCCUUGUGACUCAGCAAGGAAGGCUUUCAUUUUGCGGAGCAAGAGCGCAGAUGGAGGACCGGUGCAAGCUAAGCAUACACAUCCUCCUCUUCACCAAAAGCUUAUUAAAGGACCCAGGUACAAAGAAGAGUUGAAUCAUACUGGGCAAGGUACUCCUAGCAAAAGAACAAAUCUUGGUAAAAUACAUGGUUCAAGCAAGGGAGCAGUAUCCAAAUUUGAUAAAGAGGAGGAUAUUGUGAUAUCAGCAAGUUCUAAGUCUCUUGAAAGUGUGCAACAGUGCUCUCCCCUCUCUUGCCCUGUGAAACAAUCAAAGGCAUUUAAGCCUCCAGGGUUCCAUGAAAGCUCAAAAAGUCCAACAAAAUCAACUUCGCAAAUCAUCAGACCUCAAUCAAACAAUAACUCUGUGGAAGAAAGCAUCUAUGACAACUUGCCAUGCUCUCCACAAAAACAGCGACGCCAAGACAAUCACUGUGAUGUUUCCUGUUCAGAACUUAGGUCUCCAUCUCCCCCACCACCCCCAGGUCGAACUACUUCUCUUCUUAGAGCUGACUGCAACUCCUUACCCAAAGCUUAUAAAUCUGUAGAACAGGCUCAAAGCUCCACUACUGGGAAGACAACAUCGAGCACUACCAAGCCACAAUCAAAUCAGCAUUCCUCUUUUUUACAGCCUCACCAUUCCAACACAACUAAUGAGCAUGAACACACAGUCCCACCAAUCGUUGCUGAAGGUAUGACGCUGAGAGAUAACCCUGCCAAGGUCUGCCAUGCCCAGUCAUCCAAGAUACCACCUGUGCUAGUUCAAGAAUCACAAGCUUUAGGGUCAGUCCAGUUAUCUAGGGCCAAAACUGCCAUAUGCCAUGAUGGUGCUUCCUCUGUACUGCCAAAUCAGAGCAUCUUACAAAGAUCUCAGCAGAGCACUAGUGAGCCAAAACUUUCAGAGGUUUUGACUCAGGUAUAUUCUAAUAACAUUUACCAUGGGAUUGCCAGUUCUCAGAAUUCAAACUCUAGACCUGUAAAAAUGGCUCUUCCUGUAAAUGCUAAAUCUCACGAGGCAGUCACUGGGCAGGAAACCAGUAACUUCCUCAUUUUUGAAAGACAGAACAAAGAUGAUGCAAAUUCUAUUACAAAACAUGUCCAGACCUUUCAGACUUUUACUUGUGAUCCCCAGGUGAUACAUGAAUGUGGUGCUCUUGACAAAGCCAAUAGAAAGAUUGAGACGCGUUGUAACUCACUUGAUUCUGAACCCUCCAUUCAACCUGUGGCAUCAGACAGUGGUGUGAUGUUAGACUGGGGAUUUGAUGAGGAGGGCUGGUUGUUUAAAAGGUCUGUGUCAGUGUCAACCAGACCUCUCCUUAAGCCAGUAAUGGGAAUGAAUGGAGCCAAGGUUCGCAGCCAGAGCUUUGGUGCACGCUACAUGGAUAGGCCAAGCUUCAACAAAUCUGGAAAGAUUCGCACCCAGAUCAAAACACACUCAGGGAGCUCUUUGAACUCUCUUGGUGAUAUCCUGCCAGGAAGUAUGAGUUGUUCCAGUAGCUACCAUUGCCCAGUCAAUCAAUCCCUUUUGAACAACUUCUUGAUUGAAGAGGGCCUGACAGUUCCCUCACAUUUGGGGUCCUCCAGUGAAAGACUUCAGAGUCUUAAACUCCAACGUGAGCAGGCUAGGUACCUUCAGAUUGAGCAGCAGUUUUCCAGCGCCUUUGGUGAGCCAGUUUCCGAAGAACCAGAGAGACAAAGUGCUAUAACCACAAUUGAAGAGAAAGUGAUGCUUGGCAUAGAGGAGAACUUGCACAAGUCUCAAGAACAGGAGAGAAACAGUGAAGUGAAGCAAAAAUCUGGCUCAAACUUAGCAAAUUGGUUUGGUUUUCGUAAGAGUAAGCUUCCUGCUCCAAGUGGCAAAAAGACUGAUCCAUCAAAAAUAAAAGAGGAGAAGAGGGAGCAAAAGAUUACAUCACUUCUGGGAGGAAAGCUGACAAAGUCUGACAAAAAGAGAGACAAAAGAAAAAGUGAUGGAAAAGACUGCUCUGUGGGUAGAAGAGAGUCUCAUGAUGCAGUGCGGGCAUGCAUAUCAAUGCCCUGCCCAGGAAUGUCCCUGAAUGAUAUACAAGGACAUAGUGACACCACUGGGGAACCAAAGAUGCAGCUGAUGAGCCAGAGAGCUGAUGGUGAAAAUGGAUCCACCGUGAACAGCCCCAACCAGGAUGCAGUAACAGGCUCCAACUGCAAGAUGCGAACAUUGGACAGUGGAAUCGGGACCAUCCCCCUCCCUGAGUCCUGUUCAUUCUUCUCCUCUAUAUUGCACCUCCUCCCCAAAUCCUCAUCAACACCAGAACAGUCCCUCAGCCCUCCCAGUGUCCCUGGUUCCUCCAGCGAGGACGUGUCUCCAUCCCCAAUGCCCCGCUGGAGAAUCCCCUCCACUUUUAAGGACAGCAGCCAUGCAGGGGUGCCAAACUCUUUGUCCGACUCCUCCAUGACCCAUAUCCAGACAGUGCCUUUCCCCACUGUGGCCUUCCUCCAGCCAGUCCAACCCCAGUCUGAACCCAUUGUGACCUCUGCCAGUGUGUGUGAUACCCAGAGCAGGCUACCCAGACCUCCUCAAGGUGGAAUGCAACCAAAGAAGUUGACCUAUAGCAAAUCGAAAACACGAGCCACUCCGAGCCAACAAAAAGAACAGACAAGACUUCAGCUUGCGAACUGUAAGACACAAGAGAAGUGAAAACUAUUAGCCAUUAGCUGUUAAAUUAACUUAGAGCUUUGAAAACUACAAAAGAACACUGUAAUGCUGUUUUCACAUUCACAGCUGUUCAAACGCUGAGGUCAAAAGACUUUGUGAACUAAAGACAUGGUCACAGUUUCUUUCAUCAGGAGUUUUGCACAAUGAAUGAUGAUAAUGUGUAAUGAAAAAUGUUCAAUUUCACUGAGUAUUAAGAUUAAUGUCACUUCUGCUUCCAGUCUCCUUGUCAGACAUGGUUGAGCUUUGCCUUUCAGAACUUUCCCUGUAGAUGGUAGGUACAGUAAAAUGGUGCAACUUUUCCAUAUUGUAAAAACAGCGCACUUUGCCUCAGAGGUGACCUGAAAGUGAUGUAACUGUAAACAGUCAUUUCUGUCCCCACUGAGCAGAGCAAAGCGAGUUUAAGGUGGUGACUAAUGCAGACAUCAUUUGCAUCUUGCUAUAGUACAUUAAUGCUGACUUUCACAGCGGGUGUGUGUAUGUGUGUGUGAUUGUAAGACACGUGGGUUAAAAACUAGCCACAGGUUUAAGGGUUCACACGCGACACACACACAUUGGGUGUAGUCGAAUUGGUUUUAUUCACUGUAAACCCUUAGAAAACAUCCACCAUUUUAAAACAAUGACUGGUUAUAUACAGGGAGUCAGACCUGGUGUCAUUUGACCUUAACUGGCUUAUACAUGUAACUGAUGUAACUUCAUAUCAACAAGCAGGGAAGAAGGUUUUUGUGAUCAGCAUCAUCUCUGUCCAUAACAUUGAAAUCAAAAACUUUAUGUUUGCAUUUAAACCACAGAUACAUAUUACAUUUCCUUCCAAAAACAUUUCAAUCAUCAUGACUAUAAGUUGCCGACUCUCCUCUGUAUAGCUGGUUGUGUAUGCACAGGCUCUAGGCACUUGUGUUGAAGAACUGUACUGCAGUUUGUCAGGUAGCCAUUUCUGACAAACUAAACACAUACACUACACAAUCAUGCUAAAGUUCAGUAUUAAGCAUCUCUUACACAAGAAUCCAUCUGUGUGAUUGGGAAUUAUUUUCACAAUCUCUCUGUUAUGCAACUUUCCUAAAAGUAUGUUGCUUCACUUGAAAGGGCAUAUUUUUCAUUUUGAACAUUAUUUGCAUGACACGGUGCCACAGGAUCUCACUCUGCUCUAAAUCCUUAUUUCAGAAUUUCUUAAGCCACAUGAGUCAACCUGAAGCAAGGAGUUGAGCAAUCAGUUGGAUUUAUGACUCUAGCUCACAUGGAGGAUCCCUAAAUCCCACAGUUUGGACACUGUCUGCAUAACAGGAUGAAACACUCAGACCUGGACAACAAGGCAGCUUGGCAUCGUAGCUUUCCACCUGUGCUCAGUGUGGUGUUGGUACUGAGUAGCCUCUCGGGGGUUGUUACGGACCCUCUGGCAGCCGUUUUGGAGGUAUGGAGCUCAGGGGCAAAAUGUACAACUCCACUGUCUCACUAGAGUUUCAUAAACAUGGUUAAUUCCUCAGCUGGUUUCCUCGGAGAACUGAGGAUUUUACAAAAGUGUGCUUGGUUAAGGAAAGUGAAACAUUCCUGUCUUGGUUUUUAUUCAUGUAAAAAUUGUUACUGUAGGUCAAGGAAAGUAAAACAGUUUUUGUCAUUCAGCAAACUUCUUGGUUGCAUUUUGAUUCAGUCAGUGCUCAGUUACUACUGUGUGGAUGCUACCAAAGAUCGAGUCUGCUCUUCUGCAGUCCACACACAGACACACAUUACAGCAAACCAUUUUGUCAGACGUACGUCGUACGUGAACAGCUAGCUAAAGUUGCAUGUGUUGAUUUUAGCCACUAGGGGGCAGUGCAGCUACACAGUAGUAGACACAUAGGCCCAAGAUGUUCUAGCUCAUUGUGUUGGCAACAACAACCCACAUUCAUAGAUGCAGACAGAGCAAUAUACAACAUCCCACUGCAAUAUGUUACUGGCCACUAAACGAUUCCAGAAUUCAGAGUACAAUGUUCUUUCUCUUUUUAUCUCUCUUUUAGUCUCCACCAACUUUUAAAAACUGUUUUGGGUGUUUGGCUUGACAGAUGCUGGACUUCAUGAGCCAUUCACUUUGUAGCUUUAUACUGUGGUGUGAGCGGCGUACAGUGAGUUCGUCUCAUUGUGCUGGUUGUACGACCAAAACAAUGAACCAGAAGUAGCUGAAAUGCUAUGCUGAGCCCUGCAGAGUUCUCUUUGGUUUCACUAUCCUCAGUGACACCUUCCAUAUUCCCAUCAUUUGAUUCUAUUUUAUGAUCAAACAUACUGAUUAAUGCAGGUUUAAAUGUUUAUAUGACUAAGCACAGCCAGUUUGCUGCCAGACCUCUUCUAAAAUCCUACAGAACCAAGAUUAUCUGGGUUGCAGAUUUACACUAGAAUCAUUGGGUCACUAAUAUACUGUAUUUUAUGAAAAGCCUCAUAUGGAACCUUAUAAUCUUAAGGUUACAAGCUAUGACUUCCAUCCUGAAAAGAUCUUAAUGUACAUGUCAUUCCUGACUGAGUCAGGUGGUUGUUUAAAGUCUGCACUAACUUGUUGGAAACCUUUUUAAUGUUCACAUUGUUAAUAUUAACUUGCAUGCAACCAGCCUCAAGCUUAUUCGAACCAUAGAAAUGCACCAUAUGAAACUGAUAUGCUAAAAUGACAGAGUUUCAUCACAAGAGGUGAAAAUUACUGAUGUGCACUGUUAAGUAUUUAUGAAAUAUGUCACAUAAUUUGUUAUACUAUGUAAGCAAAGUCUUCUAUAGUGAGUCUGAGUUUCAUGUCUGCAGUUAUUCUUAGUAGGUGUUGCAUCUUUUAAAAUGAAACUCAUAUGUGAAUUGCAUUCUGCAUUUUUAUGCAUUUUCCACAGUGAUGACAUCAAGACAAAGCAGUGAAUUUUGCAUGUAACCUUAGAUGUAACGCACCUAGUAGGCACAUGCUGUAAUGGAUGUUGUUGUGCUAGCUCAGGGAAAAUAUCAUUUAUUGUUGCUGAUAGAUGCUGUGGAUUAACAUACACAACCAGUGAACACGUCAGAUGUCACUGUAAAGGUUUAAGUAUAUUUACUUGUGUUCUUGCUGUUUUUUGUCUGUGCGCUUACCUUUAGGAUGUCACACCAUGCUCGCUCAGUUUCUCUCUAUUAUGUAUGCUGUGCCCUUCCUGGUAAAGUUUUUGGUGUUAUAAAUACGUUCCAACAUAGCGAUGUUCCCCUCUCACACUUUUGUUGGCUGUCUGCCUUCCAUGUGUAGAUAUUUGCCAUAUUGCCAAACACUGCUCUGAGCUACUGUCAUAUACAGAAAAUGAAUGCAACCAAAUCCUCAUGUCGUAUGUGGUCUUAGCCAUAUUCUUUUGAAACACUAGCAACAGUUUACAUGUAGGGUACAAGUGUAAAGCACUAUAAUGUUGCACAAUAUUAUUAGUCAUGUCAUCUUACUGUACUUAUUUUGGUUCACUUGCUACAUGUAUAUUAAGCUAAUACUUGUAAAAAUGCAGUGGUGUUAAUGCCAGUAGCAGCACACGGGUCUAAUAAAUGGAAUAUGUAGCGUACGCAGGUGAGAGGAGGUGUUAAUGGAUCAGGGAUUGGCUGUACUGAUACGGGUAGAUGGAGCGUGAUGUCUGUGUUUCUAAACUGGCUCACGUAAUGACGAGCACCACUCUCACAAGAGCAUCGUAUUUUUCUAAUAUAUACUUAAAUUCCCUGUAUUUGUACUCAGCACUGAAGAGUGUUACUUACCGUUUAUUGCACACCUUUACUUACUAUUACAGUGCUUCUCCUUCUAAAUGUGUUUUUUUCAGAUCCCAAUAAUUACAGUGCUGUUCUCGUGUACCAGUCAUCUUAGCAGUACAAACAUAGAACUGUAUACUACUGAUUCUCCUUGUUUUCUUUGUAAGAGAAAAGAAAAAUAAACUAUUUCAAUACUUAU